AUUAUAUUUAAUAUCAUACCAUCUAAAUUAACCCAUCCCAAAUUUUGAACUACAAGAGUGGCAGUUAUAAUUAAUUCAACACAUCAAGAAUUCAAGUGAGAGAGAGAGAGAGAGAACCUAGCGGCAACUCACACCAACUGUACCACCGGCCCAUCUAAUUUCAGCGAUAUGAAUAUGUGUAUAUAUAUUUCCGAUUAAUCAAAAUCGACGGCCGCGAUUCUCCCGGAUCUCACCCCGCCAUUUAAAUCCACCUUUCUAUUCCCCUCUUUUCAUUUUCCAAUUUUUAAUUUUUUCCCAUUCUUAUACCUUUCUCUCUCCCCAAGUUCGGAGCAAAUCUAGAGAGAGAAGCGCCACCUCCGCCGCUGAUUCUAGCUCCUCCCAAACCCCAAACCCCAAAUUUCACACAUCACACACUUUACUGCAGCUGCAGCGGACCUUUACCUCAUUUUUUUGUUAAUUCUGUUUGAGCUGAAUUUUCGCGGUCGCCGCCGUCGGAUCUGAAAUAGUUUGAUUUUUGGAAGCGUAGGGCGUCGACGAGAUCGGCCAAGGAUCAGAGCCAUGGCGCCGAGCACAAUACGGAAAGCGAUCGGGGCGGUGAAGGAUCAGACGAGCAUCGGGAUUGCUAAGGUGGCCAGCAACAUGGCGCCGGAGCUGGAGGUUGCCAUAGUCAAAGCCACCAGCCACGACGACGAUCCGGCUUCGGAGAAGUACAUAAGGGAGAUUCUCCAGCUGACCUCGUUUUCCCGCGGCUAUGUCAGCGCCUGCGUCGUCGCGGUGUCUAAAAGGUUGGGGAAAACGCGUGAUUGGAUUGUGGCCCUCAAGUGUUUGAUGCUUAUUCAUCGAUUGCUCAAUGAAGGAGAUGCCGUCUUCCAGCAGGAACUCAUGUACGCUACUAGGAGGGGGACGAGGUUGUUGAAUAUGUCUGAUUUCCGCGAUGAGGCCCACUCGAGUUCUUGGGAUCAUUCCGCUUUUGUGAGGACCUACGCGCUCUACUUGGAUCAGAGGCUGGAGAUGAUGAUUUACGAGCGGAAGCAGAGCGGGAAUGGAGGUGAGAUUGAGAGAUCUGGAGCUAGAGAUGAUAGGUAUAACUAUCGAUCACCACCGGGAUCGAACAGGGGCAACGGAUACGAGUAUAGUCACGAGUAUCGCGAGGAGCCGUAUGGAAUGCGCAGAUCAAGGUCGUCUGGUGAUGUGAGAGAGUCGGCGCAGGAGAGGAAAGAUGCUACUCCUCUGAGGGAUAUGGCGCCCGAGAGGAUCUUCGGGAAGAUGGGGCAUUUGCAGAGGUUGUUGGAUCGGUUCUUGUCUUGCCGGCCGACGGGUUUGGCGAAGAACGAGAGGAUGAUUCUGGUUGCGCUGUAUACUAUAGUUAAGGAGAGCUUCAAGCUGUAUGCUGAUAUCUGUGAGGUCUUGGCUGUGCUUCUGGAUAAGUUCUUUGACAUGGAGUAUCAAGAUUGUGUGAAGGCGUUUGAUGCUUAUGCUAGCUCGGCGAAGCAGAUAGACGAGCUCGUCGGAUUCUAUAACUGGUGCAAGGACAUUGGUGUGUCGAGAUCAUCCGAGUAUCCGGAAGUUCAGAAGAUUACUGGGAAGUUGUUGGAGACGUUGGAGGAAUUUGUGAGGGAUAGGGCGAAGGCGAUGAAGAGUCCGGAGAGGAAGGUGGAGGCGUUGCCGGCUCCUCCUCAGGAGGAGGAGCCGGUGCUGGAUAUGAACGAGAUUAAGGCACUGCCGCCUCCUGAGGACUAUACGCCCCCGCCACCACCUGAGCCCGAGCCUCCUAAGGCUGCCGUUCAAGAGGGUGAUCUUUUGGAUCUAAGGGAUGAGGGAGUGACUGCUGAUGAUCAAGGGAAUAAGUUUGCUCUCGCGUUGUUUGCUGGCCCGGUGGCCGACAACGGGAAUGGCUCGUGGGAGGCGUUCCAUUCGAAUGGGGAGUCGGAGGUGACUUCCGCUUGGCAGAAUCCGGCUGCGGAGACGGGCAAGGCUGAUUGGGAAUUGGCUCUUGUCGAAACCGCUAGUCAUCUGUCUAAGCAAAAGGCUGCGAUGGGUGGUGGAUUAGAUCCGUUGUUGUUGAAUGGCAUGUAUGAUCAGGGAAUGGUUAGGCAGCAUGUGAGCACUGCUCACUUGAGCGGCGGGAGCGCCAGCAGCGUCGCGCUGCCGGGCCCCGGGGCGAGUAAAACCCCGGUUUUGGCACUCCCUGCGCCGGAUGGAACGGUCCAGGCUGUCGGACAGGAUCCAUUCGCCGCGUCCCUAAGCAUUGCGCCUCCUUCGUACGUGCAGAUGGCCGACAUGGAGAAGAAGCAGCAGUUGCUGGUGCAGGAGCAGAUGGUGUGGCAGCAGUAUCACAGGGACGGCAUGCAAGGGCAGACGAGCCUAGCCAAGAUCGGGGCGGGCGGAUAUCAGCCUCCGAUGCCGUAUGGAAUGCCGCCGGUGAACGGAGUUGGAGUGCCACCUGCUGGUUACUACCAUGCUCCGUACUGAUUUUACUGAUUUCUUGGUAAAUUUUUCUAUACAGUAGAUUUUACCAGUGUUUAAAAUCUUGUAUUUGAUGUGAUUUUGCUCAAAUUUGUGCAUCACUUUGGGGAAGAGAGAGAUUGAGGUGAAGAGAUUAGUGAUUGUGGGGAUUUCAAUGCUGAGGGUGCAUCUUGUUAUUAUGUCUCUUGUUUUUGUAAUAUUAUUUGGGAUUUCAGGUGCUUGUUCUAGAACACUAAUCCUAUUCUUUUUCUAAUAUGGUGAUUUUGUGUA